AUGGUUGCCUCCCUCCGCUUUGCCAUAUCCAUCGGAACCACCAUUACCUCUCAAUCUCCGGCUAGUUCCCUCCUCCAUCCUUCAACUCACCGUCCGAUUCCACCCUCUCACUCAGUGUUAACCUCACAAACUACCUCAUUUACUCACAUCAUCUUCUUCCAAUUUCCAGUCCGCUCUCACAACCAUCUUCACCGUAAAACACUCUCCAAUCUUCAUCGAUACCCACUUCCGUACCAGUCACACGACAAAUACAACCAACACUGCCACCAUAAACCUUCCACAUCUCACUUCCUCGCUCAUCGAAUCACCUUCGUUCUGCAACACCGCCUUCUGUCCAGUCCGGGAACAGCUCACCCUCCGUCCAGAUUUCUUCUGUCCGGCGACAAGACUCCCUCCUUCAACUUCCGAACACGUUCCCUCUGCCACUGCUUUGGUUUGAAAGGUUUGAGAUUAAAAACAACGGCCGGAAGAGGUAACGGAAGAAACCACGAUGCUAUUGCUGAAGCAUUGGGAAUGUUGGCUGGAGUACUCGGAGGGAACCAACAGGGAGCUGUGAUUGGUGCUGACUGA